AUGAAAUUUUUAGGAUUAGCCCUUCUUUUCACAAUAACCCUUUGUUAAAGCAGAUUAUCGGUAGAUGUUUAUACCGAAUCCUUAUGUCCCGACUGCAUGGAGUUUCUGUUGAAUUCCUUGACAGAAGCAGUCGAUACUCCCGAUAUCGAAGAAAUGGUGCAUAUUAGAGUAGUACCAUACGGAAAUGUGAAAAGAGUCUACAAUUAAGCCACUGGAAAAUGGCAAUUCACAUGCCAACACGGAGCUGUUGAAUGCUAUGGAAAUUAUGUCCAAUUGUGUGGGUAGAACAUCUUAGCUACAAAAUAUCCUAAUGACAACGAGAUCCUCCAAGUUCAAUGGGCCAUCUGUAUUGACAGGAGAAUAUUCAAGCCUUAUACCAACACCCGUUUCGAUGAGGCAGCAAGUCUCUGCGCAGCCGAUUUUGGAAUCUCAGGAACUGCCGUCAAAGAAUGCGCUAAUGGUGACCAAGGUUACAAAUUGCAUCUAGCAGCAGCCGAAGAAACAGACGGUCUAUCACCAGCUCAUAAUUAUGUUCCUUGGAUUACAACUAACAAGAGACACAUUGUGACCGAAGAGGAUCUUAUUUUGGAAGACCUAGUUGCUUGGGCUUGCACAAAUUAUUAAGGACCAAAAAUUGAAGCUUGCACCACCAGAAGUGCUUGAUUAAUAUAAAUAACAAAUUAGUCAUAUGAUGAAAUUGUA